CCACAGCGAUGUAUAUUUUAUGCCCUCGAGGGCGGUGGCCACGCCGUGACCGACGGGCUCUCGCCGCCUCUCCCCACGCUUUCCUCUCCUCUCCUCCGCCUGUCCGUCCCUCUCGCCAUGGCCGACCCUUCCUCCGACGACUUAGACCAACUCCUCGACAGCGCUUUGGACGACUUCACCAAGCUCGAUCUCGCCCCCGCCCAGAGGAGCGGCGGCGGUGGAGAUGGGAAAGAGGGAAGGGAUGCGUUGCCCUCGUCGUCUUCUUCUCCUUCGGCGUCAUCGGCUUCGGCAACCCCGGUGCGAGGAUUGGGGAUGGGGCUGCCCGACCUGGCCGCGAAGAGGAAAGGGAAGCAGGGUGCCCGGCCCAGGGGGUCCCACGCCUCGGAGGCCCUUGAGAAGCUGACGAAGGAGACCCGGGAGGCGGUGCGGGGUCUGGAGUCCGCCACAGGGGCCGCCACACUCAAGGGCGGCGAUGCUCGGUUCGACAAGGAAGGGAUGGUCGAUGAGUUCGUCAAGCAGUUUGAGGAGCUCGCGGGCUCGCAGGAUGUUGAAUCUAUUGUUGAAACUAUGAUGCAGCAGCUUUUGUCUAAAGAAAUUCUCUAUGAGCCCAUGAAGGAAAUUGGAGAAAGAUAUCCAAAGUGGUUGGAGGAGCACAAAGAUACUCUGAAGAAGGAAGAAUAUGACCGCUAUUAUCAUCAAUAUGAGCUUAUAAUAGAACUAAAUGAUGUUUAUGACAGUGAGCCUGAAAACUUUUCCAAGAUUGUUGAUCUCAUGCAGAAAAUGCAGGAAUGUGGUCAACCCCCAAGUGAUAUAGUCCAAGAGCUCGCCCCCGAUCUUGAUUUAAGCAACCUGGGCCAACUGUCUCCUGAUCAACUAGAUGCUACAUCUAACUGUUGUAUUAUGUAAGAUGUGGAUUUGAUCUUCAUCAUGGUAAACAAUUUGCUCGCGUCUUCUUUCCUGUAAGAUGUUUAAAUUGUGUCAUCUCUUCCAUGGUUGUCAGCUUUCCAGUUAUUAUUUUAUGUUUAAGAAUUAUUAGAUGGCACUCUACUCAAUAAAUUAAGCCCUCAUUUGAGUCA